AUGGUCCGCCAUUAUAUACAGGAUUAUGUGGUCAGAGAGCUGAGGAAGAGCUGUGCGGAGGAGGGAGAACCGAACGAAGCCGAGGAACUGCUGUUAGCGUGCUUAUACCAGGAGUUGUUGAGGAAAGUUCUGAAGAAGGCGCAGAGAGAAGCCCAGUUGGACGGUUUGCGCGAGAUCAACGAGUCCCACAUAGAAAAUGCUUUGGAGAGUAUGUUGGAAGAGGGUUAG